AUGGCUGAAGAGUGGGCAAAUCUUGGAGCCGCGGUUCCAAUUUGGAACGGCUCGAACACUGACGAUGGCGGUGAUUCCACAAUGGAGGAUCUCAACGUCUACUUCGCGACUGGUGACAGCGCGUACAUCAUCAUCGCGGCCGCCAUGGUCUUGAUCAUGGUUCCAGGUCUCGCCUUCCUAUACUCCGGACUCGCUCGAAGAAAGUCGGCAUUGUCGUUAAUAUGGGCCGUCAUGGGCUCGAUGGCCGUGGUCAACUUCCAAUGGUAUCUUUGGGGCUACUCGCUGGCCUUUUCGCCCACAGCCACCAACGGCUUCAUCGGAGAUCUCAAUCACGUCGUCUUAAGAAAUACCCUCGGAACAAGAUCCCCUGGCUCGAACUAUGUCCCCUCGCUGCUGUACUCGUUCUACCAACUCCAAUUCGCUGCCGUCACGGUCGCCAUCGUUAUGGGAGCCGUUGCUGAAAGAGGUCGAUUGCUUCCAGCCAUGGUGUUCUGUUUCUUCUUCAUGACCAUUGUCUACUGCCCUGUCGCCUGCUGGGUCUGGAACGUCAAUGGAUGGGCCUUCAAAUGGGGAGUUUUGGACUAUGCUGGUGGUGGUCCCGUCGAAAUCGUUUCCGGUGCCGGUGCUCUUGCCUAUUCCCUCGUUCUCGGUCGUCGUCAAGAACGUAUGCUCGUCAACUUCCGCCCUCACAAUGUCUCUCUCAUCACCCUCGGAACUGUUCUCCUUUGGUUCGGAUGGCUCGGAUUCAACGGUGGUUCCGCCUUCGGUGCUAACCUUCGUGCUGUCAUGGCCUGCUGGAACUCCAACUUGACCGCUUGUUUCUCCGGCUUCACCUGGGUUCUCCUCGAUUACCGUCUUGCCAAGAAGAUCUCUAUGGUCGGUCUCUGCUCCGGCUUCAUCUCGGGUCUCGUCGCUGCUACUCCAGCUUCCGGUUUCUUGACUCCACACGCUUCCAUCCUUCUAGGUGUCGCUGCCGGUGUCUGUGCCAAUUUUGCCACUAAGAUCAAGUACCUCAUCCGAAUUGAUGAUUCUAUGGACGUGUUCGCAGAGCACGGUAUCGCCGGUGUUGUCGGUCUCGUCUUCAACGGUUUCUUCGCUACCGAAAACGUCGUCGGAUUGGACGGUAUCAACCUCGGUGUCGGCCCACAAGGUUGGAUCGAUGGAGAUUUCGCUAGAAUGUACAAGCAAAUCGCUUACAUUUUCGCUUGUCUCGCAUAUACCUUUGUCGUUUCCACGGCUUUGGCUUAUGUGAUCAAUAUCAUCCCCGGUCUUCACCUCCGUGCUUCCGAUCAUGCUGAACUUAUGGGUAUGGAUGAUGACCAGCUCGGUGAAUUCGCUUAUGAUUACGUUGAGGUUCGACGUGAUUAUUUGGCCUGGACCCCAAAUCACACUAAGGCUCCUAUCGCCGGUCUUGAGGCUGAGCCCCAUACCACAUCUUCGGAUGCUGAACCUGAGGUCGAGCCAGCAAAGGCCCAGUAA